CCGAGUUAGAUGAACUUCGACGCCAGCUGGACUAUUCUUCCGCCCCAGCACAUCACCAUUUGCAGCUCCGAUCAUGUUCAUACCGAAGAAAGAUGGCGGUCUACGUAUCUGUAUCGACUAUCGUGCCUUGAAUCGGGUUACCAUCAAAUCUUGCUACCCCAUUCCACGUGCCGACAAUCUCAUCGACCAACUUCGCGGGGCCAGAUUUUUCUCCAAGAGUACACGGUCAUGCCCUUCGGCUUGACAAACGCGCCUUCGAUAUUCCAGUUGACCAUGAACGAGAUUUUUUGGCCACUGCUGGAUAAGUGCGUCAUCGUGUACCUUGACGACAUACUUGUCUACAGAACCACCCAGGACCAGCAUUUAAAGGAUUUAGCCAUUUUCUCUCUUCUGCAACAGAUCCGACUCAUCACGAAAGGCUCUAGGUGCGAGUUUCUCAAACACGAAGAGGAGUUUUUGGGUCACGUGAUUUCCAUCUAUGGUGUUAAAAUAGACCCUAAGAAAAUUGCGACAAUCCAAGACUGGAAGUCGCCGGCUAAUCUACGCGAACUUCAGAGUUUUAUGGGGUUUGUUAAUUACGUCCACAAUUUCAUUCCGAAUAUGGCGGGGGUACCUUCCCCUCUUACGGAUCUCCUGAAGUAAGGCACGUUUUUUUAGUUGGGGGA